GGAGGGAGAGAGGAAGAAAGAGAGAGAGGGAGGGAGAGAGGAAGAAAGAGAAAGUUAACAAGAAUAACAAGCUUGGAAAUAACCCGGCACAACUCCCUUCCUGUCUCAGGGGAUUAUCGGCAGGGCAGCUAAAAUGGGUUCUUUUGCAGGCCUGGCUCUUUCCCUUUUCUGGUUGUUUUGUGAAGAGGCAUUGAGCACCUCAAGCUUUCGGGAUGUCAACCAGACAAGCCAGUUAGGUCUACUCAACCCCAGCAGAAUGAAAACUGGGAAAACAGGUGUCCCAGCAAUCUCUGAGAGAGCCCGCUGGUCUCUUUCGCCCACUGCAUCUUCAACCUUCACCACUCUGAAAGUCCAGUCGGGCACAACCAACGCCACCAUCUUGGCUGAAACAUUGAACUCCAGUCCAGAAGCAACAACCAGGUCAUCUGUGUCCAUUCCAGAUUCAGAGACCUGGAUAGCAACUGCUACUGACCUAGUGACGGGGGUCACCUACGAGACCACUAUGUCCACUCUGACCUCGUGGAGAAAUGUCACCCUUUCGGGGGCAGAGACGACCCAAACUGAGCCCCAUGCUGAAGAUGAAACUUCACCACCAACUUCUGCCAUUACCGAGAAAGCUACCCCAAGUCGGCUGUCAACUAAAACCACUAGCCCCACAGAAAAAGAAACAUAUCCACCAUUUCCUGGUUCCUUAAUUACAGUCAGCAAGUCCAAGGAGCCAAAGACGAUGGCUCUCCUCACUGAGACCUCAACUUCGGGUGACUCCGGGAAAGGUAUGGACCUGACUGUGCCCCGGGUGGAGAUUUCAACUACGGCUAACAGGAUGGCGGUAACGGCGAUGACAACCACCAAGACCACUCCCCGCGCCGGGACGUCAAUCGCAGGCAGCCCCUCCGCAGAACCGGGGACCACAGGAGUCGGCUCCAAAACCUCAAAUUUAGAUGACUCCAGUGAAGAGAUCUCAACUGGGUCCCUAGCCGAGACCUCAACUGCCCAAACCUCCACCAUAACCAAAAGGGCCGCCGAUUCGGAGAAGGCGACGGUCACGACCACUUCACUCGCCAAGACUUCGAUUGUAGUCAGUAGCUCCGCGGAACCUGGGAGCGCACAGGUCUCCGGUGAAGGAAUUAACACGACGGGGUCCCUUGCGAGGACUUCAACCGCAGCCAGUAGCGUGACGGUAAUGCGGAAGACGACCACCAAGACCGCUUCCCAAGCCACGACUUCAGUGACGGACAGCUCCUCCACAGCAUUGCGGACCAUGGACGUACCCUCUGGAAUCUCGACUUCGGGUGACUCCAGCGAAGGAACGAUCAUAACAGCAUCCCCGACCACGACCUCAACCUUAGAUGAUGCAUCGUUGUUGGGCACAUCUCUGGCAAGUCAGAGACCCUUCUCGACUCUCCUGCCAAAGAUCUCUAGCAGCCCCACAAGACAACAGACCCCAACUAAUGAGGCCACCUCAACGGCGGGUGCUAAACUGAACACCACCGGCACCAGGCCAGGAUCCCAGACCCCUGCCGAUCUCGACAGAUGCCUUCCAGGCGACGACAGCGGUUUUCUCCUCCUGAGGCUGCGGGUGAACUCCCUGCUGAACCUCACCGACCCCGUGGUUGGGAAGUGGCUUCUGCAGCAGAUUCAGUCGGAUCUACGGUCCCAGGCCCCCUGCAGCCAGCUCUCCCUGCUGCACAGCAGAGCUGAGAAGAAGCAGCCUCACCGGCGACUCUCUCGGCUCUCCCGAAGAAGAGCUGUGCUUCGGGCCCGGGAUAGCGGGCGGUGAGAGCCCUGGCUUAAAAUCUCUCCCGCCCUCCCUGCCCCUGUCAGGCCACACUCCUGGAUAACGCUCACAGAAUCCUCCAACUCACAGAACUCUAGAGAGAUCAUCAUCCCAUCCAGCCUCCUGUCUCUGGGCAGGACCACCCAAAUCUAGCUCCCAGCUAUUGCCCGGAAAGGAUGUUCUGCCUCCUCAAUCGGUCGGUGUUCCCGUAAAGACGAUUUUAAUCCCCGACCCACAAGCUAGUGGAUAGAGCACGGACCUGGGGAUCAGAAGGACCUGGAUUCUAAUCCCAGAUCCACCCCUCGCCUGC